CCCGGUCACGCAACAAAAAACUGUACUGUACUGUUACAACGAAUACUGCCUCCUCACCAGUCACUGCGUCGCCAAAAAAAAGUCUCAGAGAGAGAAUGAGAGGCAGAGUCAUGGUAGACAAAGACAACGGCGACUUCUUGAUGACGGAACAGCCAAGAGGAAGAGGAAGGGAAAGGCGCAAAGGCAGAGGUCUCAGACUCGGAGGACGAGGAGAAUCAAGGCAACAGACACUACUCCAUGACGAAGAAGAAGAGGAAGAGGGUGGGAUUGACCGAAAUGUCCUUCAACUCUUCACUCCUCUUCGCUCUGUAGAGGGUUGGAGUGUUUUGUUGAGUGGAGUGCAUGAAGAAGCACAAGAAGAUGAUAUUCUCACUCUAUUUGGUGCUUAUGGCCACAUCAACAACUUGCAUCUCAAUCUUGAUCGCCGCACCGGAUUUCUUAAGGGGUAUGCUCUGAUAGAAUAUGAGAACUUUAUGGAAGCUCAAGCUGCUAUAUCUGGAAUGAAUGGGACUAAACUCUUAUUUCGGACCAUCUCUGUUGACUGGGCUUUCAGCACUGGUCCUUUCGAAGGGAGGAGAUCAUUUGACACACACCGUUCAAGGAGCCCAAGGAGACACCUAGCUUAGCACCGGAAGACAGGCAAUAAGUUGAGAGGGGAUGGGUUGUCCAUACUCUCACAGGGAUGUUAAUAUGCUAUCCAUCAACAUGUCUUCUAGUUUCAAAAUCUCAAUUUCAUAAACAAGCCCAGGAUUUCAUGCUAGCUUGUCAGUAAAAAGUAUUGAAUCAGAUUGAAUAUUGAUUCAUGUUACCUUUAUUCUGGAGUUGAAACUUGAAAAUCCUCUCUGGAUUCGGUGCCUGUUUUAGAAUAUGA